CACGCGUUGCUGUUUGCGAUCCUCGUUAAUAAAUGUAAAUGGAAGAAAUACAAGCAACUUUUGUUCUGCCUGGGUUCACACCUGGACAGAAGAGACGCGCUCUAGAACAGUUAGCCGCGAAUGUGUGCGUAAAACUGCGUCGCUUGGACGACGUGUACGAGAUGAAUUCCAAUGAUUGCACGAACAAAAUCAAAGUCGAGCCAAUCGUCAACGAGACUUCGAAUACUGAAGAUUUACUGGAGGACUACAUUGACAAGGCAGAGGAAUUCAACCAGGUAUUCAAUGAAGAAUUAAUAAUUAAAGAAGAAGAAUCUGACUCAGACUGCGACCCUUUGUUAGAAAUCAAGAAAGAAAGAGAAGAUUCUCCAAUAACCGAUUCAACGUUAGCCAGUUCGACUCUAAAAGGAAAUGAUCUGGAACCUAAUAGUAAUAAUACUCCACUCCCUUACUUACAGGAGUGUAGAGAAGACCGUCCUAAGAGUGAGACAUUAGUUCCCACGUUCCGCAACUUUCCCAGGACGGACAUUAAAACAUUCUUGCACGGACCUUGGACCAAGUACGAUAACAAGAUACAAAAAAUUAUUUUCACCAGAAAACAAGCUUUGUUAAAGCCUUCCACAAACAAUCCUGCUCACUACUUUGAAUAUUUUAUCGAUGACGAGUACCUUAAAGAUAUUGUGGUAGCAACUAACCAACAUGCGUUUAGGAAGAUAAAUUUUCAACGCGACUCUUGCUAUUCGCGUGAUUGGAAAGACGUUACGGUCGCAGAGUUUAAAAUCUUUAUAGGACUUCUUCUGCACACGGGGACUGCGAAAUUUAAAAAUGUUGUCGAUUACUGGAGACCACAUAGACUUUACAAGUCUUGCUUUCCAGAAUAUAUGACCUCGCAAAGAUUUGCAGCGAUAAUGUACUAUUUGACCUAUCCCGGUAUAGAGGCUGAGAAGAGAAUCAAUCACCUUAAAUUCAAUCACCCAAUGGCCGAUCACUUUAACGAGGUAAUGGAUAAUAUCUAUUAUCCGGGACGAAAUAUGUCUGUCUGUAUAAAUGAGAUCGAGAUUGAUUCUGGUGUCGUUCAAAAUCUUCCCUUGAAAAUAAUAUCUUUACAUGAACCAGGCGGACCGAUCGUGCGAAUGAUUAUGGAUACUCGACGUAAUGUACCUCUUGAUGUAGAAAAUGUUACGUGCAAAAUGUUGAAAGGCAAAUUUGACGUUGGGCACGCGGUUUACGUGGACAGUGCGGCAACACUUAUUAUUCCUUCGUUUGCACAAUACUUACUCCAACGCGGAACGUACUGUACUGGUAUUAUAGACGAGAGGCGAUUUCUGAUGCCAGAAGAAUUAGCGAAUGCGCGUCUAAAGCAUAAUGAAAGCAUAUCGUUAUUUUACGAUGGUUUACACGUAGGCAAACAUGAAUUUGAAGGCGUAGCUAAAUCCUACGUAACUACUGAGUUCAAGAAAGAAAAAGGCAACCCGCUGAACCGAAUGCCUGAACCAUUAAGAGUAUAUAAAGAGGUUAUGGCCGAAACAUCCGAUCCACACAACGACAUGCUGAAUUACUUGCCGUGUGAAAUAAACAAAUGGGUCUCAGCCAAAAAACUGUUUGUAUACACUUUAUUGUUGAGCAUUUAUAACGCUCAUAAGCUAUCUAAUAUGUUUUCGGGCACCAAAUUAAACUACCAUAAUUAUAGACUAUUGCUCCUAGAACAUCUUUUACCGGCAACUGCUCAUAGCCCAGUCAAGCAGCACAUGUUAGUCAAGAUUCCUAAAACAUCAUACAGAAUCAAUAAAGAUAGACAUAUCAUACAGACGACCAGGCGAAACUGCAAAAACUGUACGAAAAAUAAUAUUAGGGUUUCCACUACUUACCAGUGCAAGGGAUGCGACAGUAACCCAGCUUUAUGCUUUCCAUGUUUCUUUAAACUUCAUUCCUGUACUUUGAUUGAAUAAAUUGUUUGUUGUAAAAUUAA